AACCUUUCAUAUCUCUCUCUCUCACACACACAAACACAUUAAAACAAAACCUAUCUUUUCCUUACAUCAAUUUUCAUAGGCCAAAAGAGUGUGUGAAAGAUACAUAUUCUCAUCAACAUCAUGAAUUAUAAUAACCCAAAACUUCAUUUUCUUCUUUCCUUAUCACUAGCUUUGUUCAUAGCCUCUAAUGGCCCACUUUCCUUCUCUUUCAACCCAAACCAAAACGAUGGCCGCCGCAGCACACACAAUGGAGUACUCAUGACAAGGUUUAGCCGAUCGACUAGGUCGCCUUCUCCUUCCUCUUCUUCACCUCAAGUAUUCAAUGUCGACGAUUUUGGCGCCAGGGGUGACCGCUCAGAUGACAGUCAGGCAUUUUACAAGGCAUGGAACCGGGCAUGUUCAUCGAAAUUUGGUGUGGUUUUGGUGCCUAAGAACAGAGUUUAUCACCUUAAGCCAAUCACUUUUUCUGGUCCUUGCAAAUCUUCUCAAAUAACUAUGAGGAUAUCUGGAACAAUCAAAGCUUCUCCUCGUAGAUCAGAUUACGAAAAGGACACAAGGCAUUGGAUGGUGUUUGAUAAUGUUCAGAACUUGAGAGUUGAAGGUGGUGGAACUAUCAAUGGCAAUGGCAGAAAAUGGUGGAGAAACUCUUGCAAAAUCAACAAAGCUCUUCCUUGUACUCAUGCUCCAACUGCUGUGACAUUCUAUGAGUGCAAGAAUCUGAGAGUGGCCAAUCUGAGGUCCAAAAAUGCACAACAAAUGCAUAUAAAUUUCCAGAAAUGUGAGAAUGUUCAAGCUGUGAAUCUCAGAGUAAUUGCACCUGGAAAUAGUCCCAACACUGAUGGAAUCCAUAUCACAGACACUCAAGAUAUUCAGAUUAUGAACUCUGUUAUCAGAACAGGUGAUGACUGUAUUUCCAUUGUAAGUGGGUCAAAGAAUGUUAGAGCCACUGAUAUUACUUGUGGGCCUGGUCAUGGCAUAAGCAUUGGAAGCUUGGGAGCUGAUAAUUCAGAAGCUGAAGUCUCCAAUGUGAUGGUGAAUAGGGCAAGAAUUUCAGGCACCACUAAUGGAGUAAGAAUCAAGACUUGGCAGGGAGGAUCUGGAUAUGCAAAAAACAUCCUAUUCCAAAACAUAGAAAUGAUCAAUGUGACCAACCCAAUAAUCAUAGAUCAAAACUAUUGUGAUCAAGAUGAACCUUGUCAUGAAAAGAGAUCGGCUGUCAAGAUAAGCGAUGUAGUGUACAACAACAUAAGAGGGACGAGUGAUUCUGAAGUGGCAGUGAAGUUCGAGUGCAGCAGGAGCAGUCCAUGCGAAGGGAUUUCGCUCACAAAUGUGAAUUUGGUGCGCGAAGGAGAUGGUGUUGUGGAAGCCUCUUGUGAGAAUGUUAGCUUUGACAAAAGUGGGAGGGUUUUCCCUAGAUGCUCCAACACUUAAAUUAUUAUGAUUUAUUAUUGUUAUUUUGUAAAUAUAUUUAUGAUCUAUUUGAUUAGGUCAUAUGUGUUUUAUGAAAUUAUAUCAUAUCUAGUGUAUGGAAUCGAGUUAGUUACCAUAUAGAACUCGAUUCUCAUAGAUUUGUUUGUGCUGUUGUAGAUUAGGUGGAAAGUGAAAUCGAUUAUGGGUUUCACUUUUAGAUGCCAACAAAUUUAGAAUAAUUAAUAAAAUUUAUGGGAUUGUUUUAUUUAA